AUGGCGACCGUUCGCGCGGUGUGCCCCGGCGCCGGGGCUCGCGCCAUCGCCAGACCGUCCUCCUCGAGGCUCGCGUCGGUCAGGCUUCCCGCCAGGGCGGCUGGAUCCCCCCGCGCGCGGUCUUGGCCCCGGGGAACUAGUUCGACAAGAUUGCGGGCGUGGCCGAAGUGGCUCCAACCGUCGGAGCCUGCUCCCGCGGAGCCGCCCAAGGCGGAUCCCCUGCCCCCGACGCCCACCUCUAAGGCCACCAUCGACGCGUUAUGUGACAUCCUCGGAGAGCAAUGCGAGGACGAGGAGGCCAAGAGGGCGGCGGAGGAGGCUGAGGCCGACAGGGUCAGGGCGGAGCGCGCGGCUGCGAUCGAGGCUGAGAAAUCGCGCAAGGGGGAGAGGCUCAAGGCUUUCCGCGCGGUGUCCACCAGUACUCUCCGCCUGCAGCAGCUCCAGAUGGUGUUCCUGGACCUUCCCAUCCUUCCCACCGCCCUCCACGACCUCAUCCUCGGUUCCGACGCCAAAGCCGGCAAGCGCGGCGCCACCAUCGCCGACCUCCCCGACGUCGACUGGUUCGACGUCACCCUCCCAUCCGACGGCAAGCGGGACGCGGACGUCCUCGUCGGCGAAAAGCCAAAGCGGGACAUUCCCGAGGGCCGGAACGUAGGCGAAAACACCCCCAAGGGCGAAAACACCUCGGACGGGUCCGUUCGGGCCUCCGUCAAGUCCCUCAUCGGCGUCGACGAUCUCACGCCCGAGUACGUCGACUACGACGGCGAGGCGCUCCCGGGUGAGUUUUCCAUCCCGGUGGUGCCGUACCCGUUCGUGUGCCACCCCGGGUCGCAGGUCCGGCUGAACCUGUUCGAACCCAGGUGGCUGACGCUGUUCGCCAAGCUCAUGCGGGACCCGGCGGAGACGGUGUCGGACACGGCGCCGCUGGUGCUGGAAGGGGCGCGAGACAACGCCAACCGGAUCGACCUCAGCAGGAACGAGUACGUCCGCGCGUACGAGGAGGGCAACGAUACAGACUUCGACAUCGUCCCCGGGUCCGGACGAAUGGACGAGUCGCCGUUCGUGGGUACCGAGCGGUUCGGUGCGCUGUACCGCAGGGCGGACGGCAAGGUGGCGGGCGUGGGCACGGCCAUGCGGCUCGUCGCGCACGACGUGGUGGUCAACGGCAAGCUCCUCAGCGUGUACGCCAGGGGCGAGACCCGGUUCAGGGUUCUGAGGAUCAGGCAGGUGAACCCCUACCUCGUCGUCGACGCCGUGCCCCUCGAGGACGAGGGCGCGGUCGCAUCGUCGGAAGUGGCGGACGAAUCAGACGCCGCCACGUCGGCAUCAGCGUCCGGGUCUGGUGAAUUCGGCGGCGACGCGGCGUAUGCGACAAACGUGGGCGGAUCGAUGGAUUCCAACGAGGCGGACGUCGCGGUCGGAUCGUCGAAAACCGCGACCGCGCUGGCGUCGUGCAUGGACCGACUCAUCGUCGCGGACCCGUACUACUCCGAGGCGGUGGGUCUGGGCGAGGCGUGGAGCAUGGACAAGUCCCUCAAGAGGAGCGUGGGGGCGAUGAAUGAAUUCGACGUGGCCAACGCGGUUCUUUACGCCAAGCCGGAAGCGGCGCUCAGGGUGCUCGCGAGCGGCAGCAGUGACCAGCGCAAAGAGGCCGUGUUGGACGCGGUGCGGGGCAUGGAAGCGGCGCUGGCGGCGGGACUGACGCCGAGGAAGGCGAGGUUGCUUCGAUCGCUCGGGGCGAUGGCUGUGAUCUUCUCAAUCGGAUUUGGCAUUGCGUCCGUUCGACAAAUAAUUGAUGUUUACCUCGGGGACGGAGGCGGCGCGCCUCCUCCAAUGUUCUGA